CCCCACGUUAUGUUCCCAUCGCUGCGGACCCUCCUGGCGCGCGGUUGAAGAAGAAUGAUGCCGCUGUAUGGCCAGCGGGCGGCGGCUGCAAGCGUGCGCAGCCACUCGCAGGCAGUUCGUUCGGCUGAGGGACGGGAGAGAGGGACGACGUCGCUGUGUUCGCAUGUUCACGCUAGGACGGAGGGGGGAGGUCAGGAUACCCUCGAGGCGAGGGUUGCUGCUGGAGCUCGAGGGGUAUUACGGCUGGUGGGGUCACCAAGCGGCCACGCCCAGGACACAAACAGAACAUGAAACCCUCAUCGGGGAGAACCUGAAACUGGAGGUCCUGGACGACCACCGAGCUCCAGGCCACUGCCUCGCACAGCUCUCGCGAUGACGGGUAGUCGGUUUCGAUUGGACGUGUGGCGCCGCAAGUGGAUCGCGAAAGUAUUGUUUGGCAGAUCGCGUCGUUGCGCCCCCACCGCGCAAGGCCAAGGUCAUCACGGGCCCUGACAUGCUGUAUAGACCCUCCUCGCCGAGGCCAAGGGGUCGGCGCGCCAGCCUGGGGCCAAAAAUGCAUAUGGCCAGGCACGGCGGCGUGUCCGGCACCGCGCAGCACGGUCCGUGCCUCCGGGCACGUCAAGGCGCUGUACAAUGCCACGCUCUGCAUGGCACGGCCCCAAUGUCUUCGCAAGGCCGCCCCUCCUCUUGCCACGCGUAGCUGCGCGCUGCCUUGGAUGGCCUGAAAGUCUCCCGGGGCCCCCCGAGGCACACCAAGGCUUCCAAGACGGCGCAGGACGGCCACCCCGGCCGCCAAAAUGUCAAACAUUGCGGCACGCGGCACGCAGCAAACCUUGAGAAGGCCCCCAAAAUCCUUGGCCCAUGCUCUUGAGAUCCUUGGCACGUGCUCUUGAGAUCCUAGAGCUGGCCCGUGCUCUUCAGAUUCCUGGCGCUCCUCACCAGGAAGCCUCUCUUGCGAACAAUCUCCAACUGAUCGCCAAUGCAGCCUCGGCACUCCUUGAAGCCGCCCUUGAGGGGCAAGCACUUGUCCUUGCUCUUGGCCUUGGCCUUAG